AUGUCGAAGAGGGAAGCGAGCAUGUUCGCAGCGCAGGGAGUGGAUGUGGAUGCACCCCGCGCCAAACGACAGAAGACCGCGGUCUCAAGUACACAGAAUGCAGGCGCGUCCGGCGAGAUGUCGAUAGUCAACGGCAUGGGGGUGGAACUAGGCGAGAACGAGAAGUCUAUCGAGGAUCUAGGACAGGUGAAAGAGAGGGGGCUCAAGUUGUGGCAGACGAUCAAGGACGCUAAGGAUAAGGACAACGGACGACAGCUGUCUCUUGAUUUCCUGCGUCUGCCGUCCAAACGGCAAUAUCCCGACUACUACGAGCAGAUCAAGCGACCCAUAGCCCUCGACGACAUAAAGAAACGGCUCGAGAGCGGCCAGUAUGCGUUCUUCGAGGAGAUCAGGGCGGAUUGCGAACAGUGCUUCAAGAAUGCGAAGAAGUACAACAUGAAGGAGAGUCAGAUCUGGAGAGAUGCGAAACACCUCCAUAAACUGGUCAACAGGGAGUCGAGCAAGCUCACAGGAGUACCUGCUGGGGACGAUGACGACGUUGAAGCAGCUGGGGAGGCUGGCUCGGACAACGAAGACAAGAAGAAGAAGGCACCUAAUAUGAGCCGUCUCUUGAAGACACGUCUUCAGAAGCUUGUCGACAAGACCGAUGACAAUGGUCGGGUCUUGUCUGCUGAGUUUAUGGAACUUCCGAAUAAGAAGCAAUGGGCGAUAUACUACAGACUGAUCAAGAAGCCACAAUGUCUAGAAAAUAUCUUCAAACGCUUGAAACGCAAAGAGUACCAUACACCCGUCGACUUCGCGAAUGAUGUCGAGCUCGUGUUCUCUAACGCACUUGAAUUCAAUCAGGAACAUACAGAGAUCUGGGAAGACGCAAUAGUACUUCGAGACCACUUUCGACAACUUAUGGCAGAUCUUCCUCCGCCGUUCACCAUUCCUGCUUAUGCAUCCUCAGACCAUUCGACAAAGGUGAAGCUGAAGAUUCCUCAGCCGACUAACGCACAGCCGCCCGCGCCGCAGGCUGGCAAUAGCUCCCUACCUGUCGCUCCAGUAGGAAUUGCGACUGUGGCAAGCCCACGACCAAUUGCUCGAGCGCCUCCCCCUGUACCGGCCGUGUCGUCCCCCGUGACGCAGCACGCUGCAUCUCCAACGACUUUUACUGGUGUUAUGUCGCCGCCAGCACCACCAAAGGCGACUCCUCUUGUGGUUAAUGGUGCCGUGGUAGCUUCACCUGCCCCGCCUGUAGGGUCACCAUAUGCAACAGUGCCAACGCCAACGCCGGCUACACAAGUUGCGCCAACUGCAAACACUUCACAGCCGACAUAUGGCGGUGUAUACAGUCAACACUACCCAGCUGCAGCAUAUCGUGCUCCGGUCGCAUCGACUUCCUUACCGAACAGCAAUAGUAUCAAUCCCACUGCCCGCCAAUACGCGCAGCCUCCCGUCCAGCCCCAGGCUCAUGCUCCCCCACAGCAACGUUCGCAAUCCCAAGUGCCUGUCGCUAAGUCCCCAACGCCUGCAGAGACAGGCCGUCCGCUGCGGCACGUCUCAAUGCUCACGAAGCCGGCGGGGCGCAAGCUGGUCAUGGACUACCGCAAUGGCGUGAAGAUCUGGGCAGCGCGUCUCGGCUCGACUGAGACCAGCCUGAGGAUCAGCAACGUGAAGUACGUGGACGACGACGACAGUGACGCCGAGGACGGGGCCCACGGCGAUAUCGAGCGGCACGAAGAGGAGGAAGAUGACGAGGAGGAGGAAGAGCCGCAGCCGCAGAUCCCACAGAAGCGUGGGCGUGGACGACCGAGGAAGAAGCGCAGCAAACCUACCGAAAGUCCGAAGGGGAAAGGGAAGGCACCCGCCAAGCCCCAACAUUCCGAGGGCGAGCUUCAGGUGAGGCUCAAUGGUAUUGCUGUCAGCUCCACAGAGGGCGGUGUCUGGGAAUUUGAGUUGCCUGUGGGCUCGAGUGUUGUCGAGGUCGGUGCGAAAGGCGGGAUGACAUGGCGUGCAUAUCUUGACCGAAUAGCUUUGGCGUAG